AAGUUGACGUCUGCUGCUGUCGUAAAUACGCCAAGAUGUCUCUGACCGAGAAGCUUAUGACUUAGCUUGAAAGCUAACGAAUUAAUUUAGUUUUAGACUUUAUUUUUUUCCCCCCAUUUGUUUCAUUUUAUGAUUUGGACGGUUUAUUAGAUGGGGUCCAGGAGCUUACCAUGAAACUCCGGGUGCAGAAUGACAGGAGUGAUACCAGAAGAGUUUUGAAACUGAGGGAGUCUCCAAUGGUAAUGCAGCCUGAUUCAAGUGAGCGAGGUGCUCAUGCAGGAAAUGGUAUAACCCUGACUCUGCAGCCAGAGCUCGUCGCUGGCAGUGCCGCCCACACGGAGAGUAGUGAGGUGCGGGUGACCAUGACCGGCGGGCCUGGGGAGUCCAGCGGAGGGGCAUCGUCCAGAAGAUCCCGAGCGAAUUCCCACAGCCACUCCCAUUCACAUUCACACGGACACACUCGGCCGCAGCACCACUUGCACUCAGAGCCUGAACUCGACGCGGCUGAGUCCGAGCUGGACUCCGGGGAACCCAGCACCUCCUUCUCUGAGCUUCGCUACCUCUUCCGCUGGCUCCAGAAGAGUCUUCCUUUCCUAGUCAUCCUUUGUGCUAAACUGGUCAUCCAACAUGCUCUCGGUUUAGCAGUUGGGGUUGGCCUCUUCACAACUUUUCUGUAUGUGAAUAGAAACAUUCAAACUCAAGUCUUUCUUCAGGAUCGUCACUCAAAGCUGCAGUGCAUAUGGUUGCUACUCUUCCUGAUUUCCUCCACCCUCCUGCUUUACUACACCUUUCUCACUGAGACACUUUACUGUUGCCUCAUCUUCCUCAGCCCAACCAUUGAGCCCUUGGGUUUCUGGGAGGUUCUAUGGGCAGUUGGCAUCACCAACUUUGUAAUUAAGUUCUUCUUUAUGGGGAUUAAGUGCCUUAUUCUGCUGCUGCCCUCUUCACUAGUGACCUACAGAACCCAGGGGCGGUGGCUGAUGCUGUCUGAGGAGCUGGGUCAGGUGCACCAGGCCAUGGCUCCUGUCCCACUCUGGUUCCGCUACCUGGUCACCUACCAGGAAGGGGACAGCACCCCUGGGUUCACCAUGGGUGCUAGUGUCCUGCUGGCUUUGGUCUACCUCAUACUGAAGCUUUUAGGAUUAUACGCACAUUGUACAUCAGUACUGAAAACUGUGAGGAUAUUUCUCAAGGGCGAGCAUACGGGCACAGCGGCCACCAGGAGCCAGUGCAGCGAGGCUGGAGACGUCUGCCCUAUCUGUCAGGGAGAGUACCGGGAGCCUCGGGCCCUGCUCUGUCAGCAUAUAUUCUGUGACGAAUGCAUCGCUCUGUGGUUUAACCGGGAGAAGAGCUGCCCUCUCUGCCGGACUGUGAUCACAGAGAAGGUCUACAAAUGGAGGGACGGCGCCACGUCUCCCCACCUGCAGAUCUAUUGACUGAAUGGAAGGAAGAGACGGGGAGUUUGGGUUUGGGACGUAAUUGAUGCAUCUUUGAUAUGUGAGUUGAUGUGGCUGACAAACCCCAUUGACACAUCAUGUUGUCCACACUGUUCCUCUAUUAGUAAAGGGCUGUGCCCACUACUGGCUAAGGUCAGCAAGGACACCUCACUUGCACCUUGGUAUGCUCUGGUUAAUAAUGUACCAGGAAGUUUCUUUGUCACACUUAGUGACAACUCAAAGUUGGGUUUCUGCAUGCCCUCUCAUGUUGUUUUGUUUUGCUCUUUCCUUUUUUUGUCACGUUGCAUUGUUCACCUUUUAUUUUGUCCAUAGAGGAACAAGUACAAACUGUCCUUGUGGGACAGGAAAUUCCCAGUGUUUCUACUACUUGUAAAUAUGGGCGGAUAUGACAAAUAUAUUAAAAACUGGUAUUUUAGUCAGAUUUCUCCACACUCUUAAGUUGGAUCAGAUGUGAACCACAUGAAAUCUUGUUUUGCUCAGUGUUUCUAAAUGUGUGGUACUUACCGACACUUGAGUCUGAACUGUAACUAUAACGGUGUAUUUGCAGAGGUAAGCAUCCACACAACCUCAGCAGUCUGUGCAUGCUGACCUCAUGGGUGCUCUAAGAAUGACACAUGUUAUGGAUAAAUAAUUUGUUUUUUCAGACUUUUAUGCUUUCAGUUUUUGGUGAUUGCUUUUGGUGAUUGCUUGCAAUUGAGAAAAAGGAUGCAACAGAGCUUGGGAUAUUAAUUUGAUCCACACAUAAAUUAUUUUUCUAUUGAGGUGGUGAAGCCUCCUUUUUGUAAAAACCAAAGAGAGGGAGAAUCAUCUAUUUUAUUACAUAAUAUGUACUGAAACCAUUUCACACUGUUUUUUCAAUUAUUUUUGUCCUUUCAGAUCCACAAACUAUCUGAAUAAAGAUAUAUACAAGUGA